UUGCCUCAUUCUGGAACCACCCCAUAUUCUGAUGCUAGCUGACUUGCGAGAAGAUUCCGAGAAAAACAUAGAGCCCAGCGGAAAAACUGGCCUUUACCAUGUAUUCAUCGUCAAGGUUACUUAACGUGAUCAUCACGCUGUUAUCAUGCGUCGCCCACGUGAUCAGUGAGUUCCAAUGUCAAGGCACCUGCUAUUCGGGAUCUUUCCCAAAGAACAACCAAGUUAUCAAGGGAAAACAUCUCAGAGGAUACUCCAACAAAAACAUUACCACUGAUGUUUCACGCACGUGCUUCUCGUCCUGUGUCAAUGACUGUCGUUGUAAGGCGUUCCAGAUGAAAGAUGUCCGGUGUGAGUUGCUGGAUGAGGACAAGACUUCCAAGGCAGCAGACUUUGUAAAUGAGACAGGAUACGUGUACUAUGAUCUACAGCAGACGUUCUACAAAGGGAAAUCCCACAUGGUUCAUCCUGCGGGUGUGUGUUAUAAUGGUUGCUGUAGAAGUCAGCCUUGUAUGAACGGAGGAACCUGUGUAGAACACUGUGAGACACCAAAAGUCAAGUUCAGCUGCAAGUGUCCUAAUACCAUCGGUGGAAAAACCUGCGAGAUGAAAAUUAAGUCUUGUAUUGAUGUGUUGAAAGGAACUGCACCAGGUACCAUGCCAGCAAAUGGUACCUACAUUAUCACCCGUAGUGAUAACAAGACUACUGUACCCGUUUAUUGUGCUUUUGAAAGUCCAAACCAGACCUGGACUCUCAUCGAGUCUUUCUCUCUACAAAAUAACUAUGUCUUCAAUAACAAAGCCUUCCAUCAAAAUCAUCCGAGGAACCAGGAAUCCCAUAACUGGAACGACUAUCGCCUGUCGCUAAGCAGCAUGAAGUACAUCCAAACAAAGGCCACCAUGUUCAGAGCUACGUGCGAGUACCAAAACAGAGAUUCUCUUACUCCUGGCUUUGUGCUUGGAUACAAGAAAGACUUUGAUAUCAUCAAUAGUGGGAAUCAAAGGGGAUACUGUGUCAACUUCUCUUACGCGAACUUCAAAGGAUAUGAGUUCCAAAGGCAACGAGUACCAAUAUGGCACGCAAAAGAUCAAUGGCAUUUACACUUGGAUAUCUCAUUGGGUUUGUGUGGAUUCACGCCACCUGCAGCAACAUACAUUCAUAACGAGGAUAACUUCGGACAUUAUAAUGCUAUAAAUCAAGCAUUCAAAUGCACUGCAACAAACCAGUCUACCAUACAGUGGUGGUUAGGAGAACAGCAAUAGAGUGACCACACAGCAGAUCUACUGACCUUGGGAUAUAGGAACUUGUUACUAUGGUAACACUAACCCAGUAUUCAAAUGCACUGCAACAAACCAGUCUACCACACAGUGGUGGUUAGGAGAACAGCUGUAGGGUGACCACACAGCACAUCUACUGACCUUGGGAUAUGGGAACCUGUUACUAUGGUAACACUAACCCAGUAUUCAAAUACACUGCAACAAACCAGUCUACCACACAGUGGUGGUUAGGAGAACAGCAAUAGAGUGACCACACAGCACAUCUACUGACCUUGGAAUAUAGGAACUUGUUACUAUGGCAACACUAACCCAGUAUAA